AUGAGGUGCGCUGUUUUGUUCGCGUUGAUACAUUUUGUUGUGGCAGAUCCUAAAUAUAUCACUCGGAAACUUUGUAAAGAUGUUGACUCCAGCCAGUGUACAGUACACAGUGUGAUAAUAGACCCAUGUGUCCAAGGCGUGGGCUUCUGUACUAUGAAGAUAAACAAGAAUUAUGCCGUUACUUUAGAUGUGGUACCCCGUUUCUCUGCAUCGAAGUUGAAGGUGUCUAUAAAAGCCGAUGUAAACAAUAAUGGUAACUUCACAACUACAAUUAAAGUUCCUUCUGACGCCUGUGAUAUGAUGUAUUGUCCGCUACAAUCUCAGGAGAGACGGAUAUUCGACGUCUACAUGAACUUGGACAAAAAAGCAUCGGGUAAAUUCCCAGUCGAAGUGAAGCUCUGGAAUGAAGACAACGAAUCACAGGCAUGCUGCGUCAAUUUCAACGUCAAAGUCAAAUGA